AUGCGUAAGUAUGCCAUCAUCCACAAAGUCUCCACGGCUUAUCACCCGCAAACAAAUGGCCAAACGGAGCUUGCGAAUCGGGAAAUCAAGAAUAUCUUGGAGAAGACGGUUAAUCAUACCCGCAAAAACUGGUCAACUCGUUUGGUCGAUGCUUUGUGGGCUUACCGUACUGCUUACAAGACGAUUUUGGGAAUGUCACCGUAUCGGUUGGUCUACGGGAAAGCGCGCCACUUGCCGGUAGAGCUUGAGCAUAAAGCAUAUUGGGCCAUUAAGAAGUUAAAUUUCAAUAUGGCCAAAGCCGGUGCCCGCCGCAAGCUCCAAUUGACGGAACUCGAGGAGUUGAGGUACAAUGCUUACGACCAUUCUAGCGCUUACAAAUCUAAACUCAAAGCCAAGCAUGAUAACAAAAUUGUGAUUAAAAACUUUGAGCCCGGUCAAAAAGUGUUAUUGUAUAAUUCUCGAUUGCAUUUGCAUCCCGGUAAGCUGCGCUCACGUUGGGCCGGGCCGUAUGUUGUCAAAACUGUGUUCCCUCAUGGGGCAAUAGAAGUAGAAAGCAUGAGUACCGGUUCCUCUUUCAAAGUUAAUGGUCAACGGCUUAAGCCUUUCCUUGGUGGCUUUGAAGCUGGCGAGCCCGAUGAGGUUUUGGCCGACCCCGUUUAUACGGAUGGCCCAUCGGGUGUACGUGCUACCACACCAGCCUUGGUGGAUUGGAUCUACCGUCGGAGUGAUUGCGAGCCGAAGGAGUUGACCUUGGAAGCCGUUCGGAUGACGAAAAGAGCUGGUGACGCAAAAGCCUCCAACUUGCUCCAGUUCGAGGUUGUUUUACGGGCUAUUUUUGUGAUCAAAGCGUUGUAUGUGUUUGAUUUCCGGGGCAGGCUGUAUUUGUUUCUGAAAUUGGGGGCUGAAAUUUCAGUUGUUGUUCUUGUGUUAUCGGAUUUUGCAUUGUCGGGGUAA